AUGCUAACGAUUCCUCGGCUGGAGUUGCAAGCAGCGAUUUUGGGUGCACGCUUGGCGAAGAGUAUCAUAGAGGCGCACUCGGUUUCAAUCAAGCAAUGUUAUUUUUGGACGGACUCACGAACAGUUCUCUCCUGGAUCAACAGUGACCUUCGUCGCUACCAACAAUUCGUCUCAUACCGAAUUAGUGAAAUUCUUGAGACUACCGAACCAUUUAACUGGCAUUCGAUAUCAACAUACGAUAACGUAGCUGAUGAGGCUACUAAGUGGAAGAAAGUUCCUGAGGUCAGUGUUGAAACUCGCUGGUUUAAUGGCCCACCGUUUUUGAAGCUGGAGAAAAAGUAUUGGCCAGUAGAGUCCUUCUCACCGGGAGCCGCAACUACAGUAGAGCUUCGUGCCCAGUACGUUGGGACACAUCAUGAAGGACGGUUGAAUGAAUUUAUUGCAUUGGACCCAAAUCGUUACUCAUCCUGGCGUCGACUUUUAACCAUGACUGCAGCAGUCGUAUACAGUGCCAAAAUUUGGUUAAGCCGCGUCAGACCACAUCCUGAAGGCAUUGAUGGUGUAAGCAGCUAUCGUACACCGCGAACUGAAGACUUCAAGUUGGCCGAAAUAAUGCUGUGGAGGCAGGCACAGUUCGAUACUUACAAAGAAGAAAUAUAUUCCCUUAAACAUGGGAAGUUCGUUGAGCGAUCCAGCUCACUUUACAAGUUAUCCCCAUAUCUGGAUGGAAACAAUAUUAUGCGACUUGGCUCGCGCUUAACUUCAAAAGAUAGAAACGAUUUGGUAAUCCUCCCCAAGAGUCAUCGAAUAACGCACUUGAUUGUGGCUGACUUCCACACGAAAUAUCACCAUCGGAAUUUAGAGACAGUAGUUAACGAUGUACGACAACGAUACUGGGUGCCGCGGCUAAGAGUAGUCGUUAACGAAGUUCAAAAGCAAUGUCAGCGCUGUAAGUUGAACAAGGCGAAACCAAAACCUCCGAUAAUGGGACAACUACCCUCGGCUAGAGUUUCUGCAUUCUGUCGACCAUUUACUCAGGUUACACCAGGGGGGAGUGUUGAGCAAGAUCCGGCAACAUCUGAUAUCGAUAAAAUCUAA